UUCAUUAUUGCCCUUAUUAUAUUUUUACGCUUACUACCUUAAACACCUUAAUAGCCGAAUAUUGACAACAUGGGCGAUUCCAGUGGAGAAGAUGUUGAGUUUCCCAUUCUGUGCGAAACAUGUCUAGGAGAGAAUCCGUAUGUGCGGAUGACAAAGGAGAAGCACGGCAAGGAGUGCAAAGUUUGCAACAAGGCGUUCACUAUAUUUAGAUGGCUUCCAGGACGCGGUAUGCGGUACAAAAAAACAGAGAUUUGUACGAUAUGCGCAAAGCUCAAAAACGUGUGCCAGACGUGUGUCCUGGAUCUCGAGCACGGCCUGCCAGUGCAGGUACGCGACACCGCGCUAAGCAUUCAGGACAACGUACCACGGGAAGAGGCCAACCGGCGCGACUACCUUGCUAAAAUGGCCAAUGGACUGGAAGUUUUGGGUGAGCAGACAGACUUUAGUGGCAAGGCACAGCCGGCUGGCCGCGAGAUGCUCAAGCACAUGGCCCGCAAGGAACCCUACUACAAGCGCAACCGCGCCCACAUUUGCUCUUUCUUUGUAAAAGGAAUAUGCACGCGUGGCAACGAGUGCCCGUACCGCCACGAGAUGCCCCAGGGCGAUCCGGAGCUGGCCAAGCAGAACAUCAUCGACAGAUACCACGGAAACAACGAUCCCGUGGCCCGUCGCAUGCUGGCCCGCUCGUCGGUGACAAUGAAGAAGGACAAUCUGGCAGUUGCGCCCGAGGACAAGAGUAUCAUGUCGCUGUUUGUUAUGGGGAUGGAUACGGCUGUGACGCAGCAGGAUUUGCGCGACCGUUUUGGCGCCUAUGGCGAGCUCAAGUCCAUCGUGGUGCCGCCCAAGGGCAACUGUGCUUUUGUCAACUUCAAGUCUCGUGCUGUCGCCGAGGCCGCCGCCGCUGCAGCUCUGGGCGGGUGCAUUAUCAAUGAAAAGUCGCUUAAAGUCGCGUGGGGUCGGCCCAAGCCUAAAGGUCCACAGUCUGAUAUUCAGAAGCGGCAAACUGAUGCUGGCGCGAACGACUCCAUUUUUGGUUCUGGUAAGACCAAGAUCCCGCCGCCGCCUGGCGCCCUUGGUGAUUCUGCAGAGUACCCUAGCCAAGACCCGACAGCGAUGGGUGCAGUCGGCAAGUGAGUAUUAUACUAAUAUCAAGAACAUACUUUGGGCCUGGGCAUUGGCGGCAGCCCAGUGUUGGCAAAAUGACAAUAUAAAUUGCUUUUUUUGUUUGUUUGAAUAUUGUAAUGAAAUUGGAUCCCCGGUUAAAGUGAAAAUAAAGACUACAAAUAUAAA